UGGGCUGGUUGGAGGAAUAUCUAUCUUCACUGCCACUGGCACUUGGGUGCCCAUUUUCUAUGAACAUGGAGGGUAAUUUGGUCCACCGGGAAUCCACCAUACGUUCUCACCGGAAGAGGGAGGCCUCAAUGAUUAUUAAUUAAAAGAAAAAGAAAAGAAGGGGAAAAAAACGAAGAGACGCCUUCGCUAGGGCGAAAGAAGAGAAGAUAGAGAACAGAGGGAGGGAGGGAGGGAGCAUAGAGGGAAGCUUAUUAUUCAUAUCAGUUCCUGUCGUCACCGUCCUCAUUUUGUGGAAACCCUCAUCCCAUGGCGGAAUCCGGAAGCGGCGUCUCUGGGAAUCCAUCGUGGAGCAGCUCCAACCGUUGAUCUCCUCGUGAUCUCCGUCGGAUCGUUGAUGCCGGUGGGCUUCUGUGUCGAUCUCGCUGGAAUUCUUGUCGGAAGAUGAACUGGAAUGGAGCAGAGGAUGCCGGGCUGCCGGCGGCGUCACUGCCGCCGCCGCCUCCCUUGGAGUGGAAAUUCUCGCAGGUCUUCGGUGAGCGGACGGCUGGAGAGGAGGUCCAAGAAGUUGACAUUAUCUCAGCAAUAGAAUUUGAUAAAUCUGGAGACCAUCUUGCUACUGGAGAUCGAGGAGGACGUGUGGUUCUAUUUGAAAGGGCAGAUGUUAGGGAUCGUGGAUCUCGAAGGGAUCUAGAGAGGCAAGAUUAUUCAAUUAGCAGGCACCCUGAGUUCCGCUACAAAACUGAAUUUCAAAGCCAUGAACCUGAGUUUGACUAUCUUAAAAGCUUGGAAAUAGAGGAAAAGAUCAACAAGAUCAGAUGGUGCCAAACAGCCAAUGGUGCUCUUUUUCUUCUUUCUACUAAUGACAAGACUAUCAAAUUGUGGAAGGUCCAUGAAAAGAAGGUGAAAAGAAUCUCCAAGAUGAAUAUGGAUGAUUCACAAGCUAUAGGAAAUGGUAGCAUUGCUAGCUCAAGCGCAAAUAGUCCCAGAGCAUAUCUUCCAAAUGGUGGAUGUUCUGAAAGGCCCUACAACCAUCUGAGCAGUGACUUCUUAUUUCCUCCUGGAGGGUUUCCAUCGCUACAUUUGCCAGUGGUAGUGAUGUGCCAAGAGACAAGCCUUGUUGCUCGAUGUCGAAGGAUAUAUGCUCAUGCUCAUGAUUAUCACAUUAACUCUAUUUCAAAUAACAGUGAUGGUGAGACAUUUAUAUCAGCAGAUGAUCUGCGAAUAAAUCUUUGGAAUUUGGAAAUUAGCAACCAAAGUUUUAACAUUGUCGAUGUGAAGCCUGCAAAUAUGGAGGACCUCACUGAGGUGAUAACAUCUGCUGAGUUCCAUCCAACACACUGUAACAUGCUAGCAUAUAGUAGUUCAAAGGGUUCAAUCCGGCUUAUUGAUUUACGACAGUCAGCAUUAUGUGAUAACCAUUUUAAGUUGUUUGAGGAACAUGAAGCACCUGUUCCAAAGUCCUUUUUUACUGAGAUUAUUGCCUCGAUUUCAGAUAUCAAAUUUGCAAAGGAUGGAAGGCACAUCCUUAGUCGUGAUUAUAUGACUCUUAAGCUAUGGGAUAUAAACAUGGAUUCAGGUCCUGUCGCAACUUUCCAGAUCCAUGAAUAUUUAAGACCAAAGCUGUGUGACUUAUAUGAGAAUGAUUCGAUUUUUGACAAAUUUGAGUGCUGUUUGAGUGGAGAUGGACUGCGGGUAGCAACUGGUUCUUAUAAUAAUCUAUUUCGUGUAUUUGGCUGUGUUCCUGAAAGCACUGAGGCAACAACCUUGGAAGCCAGUAAAAAUCCAAUGAGGCGACAUGUUCAAAACCCUGCAAGGCCUGCAAGAUCUCUGGGCAGUUUGACACGUGUGGUCAGGAGAGGAGAAGCCACAGGAGUUGAUGCUAAUGGAAACUCAUAUGAUUUCACAACCAAAUUGCUUCAUCUAGCAUGGCACCCAACUGAAAACUCAAUUGCCUGUGCUGCUGCAAACAGUUUGUAUAUGUAUUAUGCAUAAAGAUGGCCCAGGAAGGGAUGAUCUUACUUGGCAAUUUUUUCAAAAAAAAUUUGGUUUCCUUCUUGUGAAGGCAGUUGAGCUUUCACAUGCAACUGGCAAGAAGGUGCGCAAGGUUUUUCCAUGAUUCUUACACGUGUUUCAAAAUUGGGGCCGGAAGAGGCUGUCGGAAUCUAUGAGGAAGCUUUGUUCAGAUACUUCUAGGAAGAAGGUCAACAUCUUUAAUCACCAUUGCUUUCUAAGUUGCAUGAUGUGAUUGUAUCUCACCUACAACUAAUGCAGAAGGUUGUUUGAGGGGCUAUUUCUGAGUUUCCAGAGGGGCUGUUCUUUGGCUAAUCCUGCCAUGUAAGGGCGUGGGUGCUUGUAUUGUUGGCCAGCAUGUCGAGGCUUGUGAAUUGUCAUUAUUAUUUUUCAUUUGUUCUGUGCUAACCAUAUUUCUUAUUUACUGAAACACAGGCCUCUUCUUAAUCUUUAGAUUAUAACCUCUUUGCAGUCAGGUUGUGCUACAAUAACUUUGACAUUUGAUCCUCAUGGGUGUUUAAUUCAUUGAAAUGUCAAAAUAAGUAGGCAGGCAUUGCACUCGAUGUGCUUUUGUAUUUUUUGUCAGGUGUUUUAACAGUUGCCGUGCUCAAUAUUUGGUUUAUGAUUC